AAACACUAUCCCCGUGAAAAUUAAAUCAGUUUGGGAUAAAAUGGAUCAAGCACUAGAAGACAAUACAUCCGAGAUCGACGAAGAGGAUAGCUUUUUUCAAGAUGUUGAUAUUUUACAAAAACAUGGUAUUAACGUAGCGGACAUAAAAAAAUUAAAAGGGGCCGGUAUAUGUACUAUCAAAGGUAUCCAAAUGAGUACAAAGAAAAAAUUAAACAAUAUUAAAGGAUUUUCUGAAACGAAAGUAGAAAAAAUAAAAGAAGCAUGCCAAAAAGUUGUUUCUUUAGGUUUUAUGACCGCGCUUGAAGUAAGUGACCGUCGUAAACAUGUUUUCAAAAUUAGCACGGGAAGUAAUGAAUUAGACAAAUUACUUGGAGGAGGCAUUGAAUCUAUGGCCAUUACAGAAGUUUUUGGGGAAUUUCGCACAGGGAAGACACAGCUUUCUCACACACUUUGCAUAACUACUCAGAUACCGACCCCGAACGGCUACCAUGGCGGAAAAGUUAUGUUUUUGGAUACCGAACACACUUUCCGUCCCGACCGAUUGCGGCCGAUCGCAGACCGAUUUAAUUUAGACCAAAGUGCUGUUUUAGACAACGUUUUGUAUGCCAGAGCCUACACUUCAGAACAUCAGGCUGAGUUAUUAGACUACGUAGCAGCGAAGUUUCACGAAGAGGCAGGCGUCUUCAAACUGUUGAUCAUCGACUCCAUCAUGGCGCUGUUCCGAGUAGAUUUCUCCGGUAGAGGAGAGCUCGCAGACCGGCAGCAAAAGUUAGCUCAAGUGUUGUCUAGGCUGCAAAAGAUAUCAGAAGAAUACAAUGUAGCAGUAUUCAUAACAAAUCAGAUGACUUCGGAUCCAGGGGCAACGUUGACAUUUCAAGCUGAUCCCAAAAAACCCAUUGGUGGGAACAUACUUGCGCAUGCUUCGACUACUAGGAUCGCUUUAAGAAAAGGGAGAGGCGAAAACAGAAUUGCUAAAAUCUAUGAUUCACCGGACCUCCCAGAAAGCGAAGCUACGUUUUCUAUUACUAAUGGUGGUGUAGCAGAUGCUAAAGACUAA